AUGUUCCUGCACAGCCUGGCGGAGCGUGGUUGCGGGUUGGGUAUCGUAGCCGAGCCGUAUCGAAUUCCCAAAAACUCGUGCUGGGCGGGGAGUGAGGACGGCUCGGCUGCGAUCGUAUGGAGGAAAAUGGGGGAAUGGAGUACCCCGGUAGCUAAGCUUAAGGGGGGUGAGGGCUGGGUCGCCGUAGAGUGGGGGCCCCUGGUUGUAGUAGGCGUCUACUUGAGACCCAGCCUCUCCAGAGCCGAGCUGGAGGUCAGACUCCAAGAGCUGGAGGAGGUGGUGCAGGAGUUCCUCCCUGGACCGGUCCUUGUCGCCGGGGACUUCAACGCCAAGUCGGCGAUGUGGGGUUCUCGGCGGCCGGACUGUAGGGGAGCAGACGUGGAGGACUGGGCCACGCGCCUAGGCCUCCACUUAGAAAACACGGGGGCAGUAAGCACCUGUGUGCGGCCGCAGGGGGAGUCAAUAGUCGAUCUGACUUGGACCUCCCCUGCGGCCGCCAGAAUAGUGACCUCGUGGGAGGUGAUGAAGGAGAUGGAGCUUCUCUCGGACCACCUGCCCAUAGAGAUCAAGCUCGCUCGUGAGGGGAAUAGAGGCGGGGUCCAAGACUGCCCACUGCGAUGGGCAGUAAAAAAGAUGAAGCCAGAAAAACUGGUGGAAUCGGUCGUGGCAGCGAUGUGGGCACAACCAGACCCGCUGCCGUCCAUUGAAAAGGAGGCGAAAUGGCUGAGACGGGUAAUGACGGCGGCGUGCGACAACGCAAUGCCGCGCGCCAAGUUUGCCCCACGCAGGGCGGCCCACUGGUGGUCGGAGCAGAUUGCCGAACUGAGGCGAUCCUCCGUGGCCGCCAGGAGGGCCGUCCUGAGGGCAAGGAGGAGGAUAACUGCCUCUCAGGAAACCCUCGACCAACUGCUGAAGAUUUAUAAGCGGAAGCGCCAGGACCUGAGAGCGGCAAUCAGAAAGGCCAAGGAAAAGGCCUGGGAGGAGCUGCUGCAAUCCCUCGACACGGACCCAUGGGAGCGCCCCUAUAAGCUUGUUAUGAACAAGCUCAGCACGGGGGCGCCCCCCGCGGUGGAGACGCUCAAGCCGCAGCUCCUCAACGAGGUGGUGUACGCCCUCUUCCCGAGGAAACCCCAAGGGGGAAUACCACCAAGGGAAGAAGAAGACGGGGAGGAACACCAACAACACUGA